UUUAUAUAGAGUUUUGAGAUGAUGUUUACAUGCAGACGCUCGCUUGACUCCCUCUCCCCGCAGCCCCUUCCCCGAGCAGAAGGUGACCGCUGCCUCACCGCCACCAUGCCGAAACAAAUCAUGGAGAUCAAGGACUUCCUGCUCACGGCGAGGAGGAAGGACGCCAAGUCGGUGAAGAUAAAGAAGAACCCCGAUAAUGUCAAGUUCAAGGUGCGCUGCUCCAAGUACCUGUACACCCUGGUGAUCAACGACCGGGAGAAGGCCGAGAAGCUGAAGCAGUCCCUCCCCCCAGGUCUGCAGGUCAAGGAGCGAAAGUAAAGUAAUACAAACCUUUCCUGCAGAUAAAUGAAGGGACAUUUCCUGUUCCAGUACUUGCCUUGUGAAGAGCUCCUUAAGUAUUAUAACCAUGGGUUGAGUGGAACAGUCAAUGUUUGUGGUGCAGUAUUUGAUCGUGCUGUCAUAUUUUUUGUAACCUCCACGUCUAGGAUUGGUUGUGACGGGCGUAGCACAGGCUCAGUAGAGGGCGUCCAUGCAUGUGUUGGAUCAGACACAAGCUUCAUACUGGCAGUCUCCUUUCAUCAUUGUCAACCAUUUAUUUCAUAAUAUACUUUCCUAAUUUGUGCUUACAUAAAGGAAGUUUUUGUAUUGACAGUGAAAUUGAUCAUGCGCAUUUAAUCAGUCAGUCCUAAAUAUGUUAACUCAAGGUGACUAAUUCCUCAGAUGUAAGAAAAUGUUUUUAUUUUUUAUUUAACAUGCCAGGUCCUGAUCCACUCACUGUAAGGGAAUGCCAUUCACUGGUGUCUUGGGGGAGGCCUUUUCUCUUGCAUAUUUAUAUUCAAUUAUUGUGUGUGCUGUGGUGACAGUCAUACGUGCAUUGGUUUUGGUGUUAGUUCCAUGCCAUCACUUACCCUUGUUCUUAUAACUUGCUAUCUUUCUUGGCACAUAAUUACUGUAAUUAACAUGAGUAAGAUUUCAGCAUGCAUCCACCUGCCUGAGUGGGAAUAUGACCCAAAUCAUCUGUCACAGAAUGUCGUUUCUCAGGCAUUUUGCUGAUUCCGUCAUCCCGGUGCCGUUCUUUGAGGUGUACACUUAGCAGAGCGUGAUGUAGUGCAUUAAAAAUUCAACUUUGAAGAAAGAAUUAAAAGCAUCAGAUGUCUUGUUAAAUCUGUGGUAGCUGUGCCAAAUAUAAUUCUGGAAAUUCAAAGAAAUAAGGAUU